AUGGAUGCGUUCAGCGUGGCCGCCGGGACUCUAAGUAUCGUCCAAGCGGCGGUACAGAGUAUAAAUACGUUAAUCCAUGAUAUAAAUGCGAUCAAGGAUGCGCCCACCGUUAUCAAGGAUCUGCGAAGCGAACUAGCAGCCGUUCGCGCUAUCCUCACGGUGCUGGAUGAUGCGAGGAAAGAUUCAAAGCUCGACGCACUCAAUCCCGCGGUGAUAGCCGCGCUGCAGGUGGCUGUUGCGAGUUGUGAAACGGCCUGUGACCGGUUUGGAGCGAAGCUGAAGCGAUGGACUAGACAUUCCGAGGAUAGAGUCCACUGGCGGGAUCGUGUUCGCGUCGGCUUAUUUGCCGAGGCAACGAUCGAGGCUCUGAGGAAGCAGCUCGGCUGUUGCAAAUCUACUGUGAACAUGGCAGUUGGCACAGCAGCCUUGCUAACGUCGGCUGCAUCAAACCCCAUCACCGAUACCAUCAAACGUGGACUGCGGGAAAGGGAGCUUGCGAUCGAGCAGGACAUUAUGGAGAUAGACAAACAGGACGAGGAGAGGGAGAUGGUGCUACAGGAGGUCACUAGAGCGCAGCCUACGGAUAACAACAACAACGAUCCAUCCGAGGUGGUCGAGCAACUUGAGGACCAGCGGGCUGCACUAGGUGCAUCACGAAAGGUCUUAGAAGAUCUUCGAUCAGAAACACACCAGAUGCGAACCGGACAAAGGAUCACCAAGGUCGAGAUGAGUGACGGCGGGAAGCUUCUCGUUGGCCUCAUCAAUGUCGACGAUGGCGAUGGUGAGAUCCGUCAGGAAAUCCACGACAUCAAGGCCACGACCGGCGGGAAGGGCGUUGUGGGAAGGAUCAAAGGGUUUGACGUAAAUGCGUUUUUUGCCGACUAG